AUGGCGCAGGGCGGCCCUUCGCCAGGCCGCUGCCGCGGCCGCGCCUUGCUCCACCUCCGCCGGGAAGGAGGGCUGCUUGACCGUGACGCGGAGGUCGCGCACCGCGCUCUGAGGUCGUCGUGGGUCCUGGCCGCUUCCCUACCCAUUCGCUGCACGUCUUCUCCGCUGACCAUCGAGUCGGUCGCGGCGCCGCUGCACCGCCUCCUCCGCUUGCAGCACGCGGAGGCGCUGCCCUCCGAGCGCAAGGGCGGCGCGACCACCGGGCUGCCGCGCUCCCUCGACGCGCCGGAGCCGGCUCCGCGCGGCCGUCCGUCGCACAUCCAGUUCGCCGCGUCGUCCGGAUCCGAGCCGGCGUCGCCGCCUGCCUCGCCUCCCCGCGGCGUCCCCGAACAGCUGACGGAGCCGCAGGCGCAGGCGCAGUACGCGUACGGGUACAGCUACGCGCCGCUGCCCGCGUACGCAUACCCGCCGCCUCAGGGCUUGCUGCAGUUCUACUACGCGCGCAGACGCCCGCCCCCGGCGUCCGUCGCCGUCACGCAGCGCGCGCCGGGGCCGCCGCAGCGCGUGCGCUACGGCUCCUUCGACGGCGCCGGCGGCUACCCGCUGCACUACGCCUACGGUGACCAGGCGCCACCGCCCGUGGCGGCUGCGCUGCGGCCGCCGCCGGCGACAGCUCCGCCUUCGCCGCCCAAGGCGAGCUCCUGGGACUUCCUGAACGUGUUCAAGAACGUUAUUGCUCCUCGUCCGCGGCUAGCCCCGCCAGGUGCUGCCUACCGCCGCCUUUGCUACGGGUGGCAUGGUCGCCGGCGUGGAUAGCGGAACUGAAGCUCCCUGCCAUCGAGCUCGGGUGGAUGUGGAUCUGCAGCACUAAUUCUUUUCCCUCUCCACUUCUAUUUCUAUUUAAUCCUAUCAAAUGCGUUGCAUCCAGUUUCUCUUCCAUAGGUUAGUUUGAAAUCUAGAUCUACUAAUUUCCUUAGCUAUGUUCAUUCAAAGAUAUUUUUAGCUCUAAGAUUAUUGAGCUCUGCACCAUACUAAUCUAUCCAUUCAGCAUUUAGUAAUAUAGGUUCGUUUUUUUUUGGCAUAAAUGCACAAGAUAGGAGAAGUUGAUACUAUAGGUAUUCCCUUUUUGUUAAUUGGACUUUCAUUCCUGUUUAAGGCAGAUGGAUUGUGACUUUUAUUUUUGAAGAUUAUAUUUUCUACAAAGAUGUUGACUGUUUUGGUUAGAAAAAUGCACCCACCCAGGUUCAGCAACCUCCAUAAUAGGGCCAAUAGCAUCUUUUCAAAGUCUAAAAGUUUAUGAAUAUGUACGCACAGAUUUAAAGAAUCAUUUUCUAUUGCAUUUCCCAAUAGUCUGUAGGAAAUUAUAUGCUUUGGUGGCUUAGCAUGCAAUUUUUUUUAAUCACCUACAUAAUCCAAUAGAUCUUCAAAAGGUGUUAUUCUGCUUAUAUAAUCUGGAAAUGCAGCAUGAAUUUUUCCAAUAUUGAACCUUGCUGGACUUUCUUAUUCUCUUUGAGCCUUUACCCACCAUUGGAUUCAGUAUGCCAGAAACAAGAUUUUGUGACUGAUUUACUAUUUUAUUUUGGCAACAAAAUUUCCCAAUACGUAAAAUGCUUUAAUUUAACUCAACUUACUGUUCCAUUAGGUGCGAGCCCAAAAUUGAUGCGCCUUUUUCUUUUUUCUUUUCGUACGCAGUUGGCGAAAAAAGAUCCUACUGUUAAUAGUUUAGACCAUCGGUUGUCAAGGGCUGGUCAAAAUAUGCAAUCCUACUAUUUUUCCUCUUUUCACGAUAAUACCAUUUUUCACUGAUACAUACUCGUGCUGGAAUCUACUUUCAGAGUAACAGAAUAAAAUUAUGUUUAAUUCUUUGACAUUCUGCUGCGAAGUUUUGCAGCUACAGAUUCAGAUAUAAGAUUGUAGCAUGCAACAAAAUGGAUUAUUUGCCAUUAGAUGCCUUUCCCUUUUCUUGUCUUUAGUUUUGUAGAAAUAAACUAUGAUGACUUCGGUCUUUCAAUAAAUAUAGAUGAAUAAGGGUUACCACUUAUUAGCUUAUAGGAAAGGUUAAGACACCUACCACUAAGAAGUUGAAACCAGUCUGCUCAUGGGGCUUAUAAGUACGAAAGGAAUAAUGAGCCUGUAUCUAUCUGAAGAGUUUUGAAACUCUCUUGUUAGUAGGGUUAUCAGGCUUGUGAGUUGACCACAACCAUCCAUAAUACAAAGUUAUAUUUAAGCUCAUUGUGAUUAAAAGAUUAUGCCAUUCUUUGCAAACCAUCAAAUUGAAUGAUGCACCCAGCAGAUUUGUUAAACUUAUUUCAUGCUGCUCAUUCCUUUCAUAUAAAUAAACCACAGCUAUCAUGUGAGACUGCACAGUCGACGAGCUACAAGAUUUCAAUGCUCCCGUUACAGAAGGUUUUCCAUCCUUGACUUCACAUCGGCCCAGGCAAUGGCUCUUAUCUCAUCUUAGCUUCACUAAAAUCUUUCUGCUUGCUUCGGUUAGUAUCUUUCUCUUCACAUUUUAAGUUUGUUCGGGGUCAUAUUUCAGUAUGCUGCUUUUCCCCCAGAUGCCGACUUGCCUUGCAGCACCUUGCCAAUUUAGGCUGAUACGAAAAGGCCAUGUAAAAUUGUUGAGGAGCUCAUAUUCACACUUGAGGCUGUGUUUAGAUCCGCAAAAAGCCUGCCUCGUCUUCUUUUCCCAUCAAAGCUGGUAUGAACACAAGAAACUCGAUCAGGAAGCUACCAAUCUUGACCGGCGGGGCUACAUCCUACAUCGUCCUCAGGUUCCAACACCCACUGACAUUUUUCCUUCCAUUGACAAUGUUCUGAGCAUCUCCAUCAUGUACCCAGAAAUCUGCCAUGGUGUAGGAGUAAUAGAAUUGGUGUAUAAUGAAUGGAUUGGUUAUUAUUAGCUUGAGGCCUCGGCCGGUAUAUAUAAGAGUACAAGACUUGGGGUGCAAAGCAACUCCACCGGAUAUGUAUGGCAGUCCGGAUACAAUAUCUAAACUACCAAAUAUACUCUAACAUCCCCCCGCAGUCACAGUGGGAGCACUGCAGACGGUGAGACUGGAGGAGAAGCCGAAGGUAGGAACCGACGGACUGACACCCCUCCCCGCAGUUGUAGCGUCGGCGCAAUGCGGAUGCUGCGACUGGAGAGAACCGGCGAGAAACUCAUGCGGAUGGUAGCCCUUUGUGCUGAUGUCGAGAUAGCCGAGCUGAAGGAGCCAUGGUCGAAGAUGCCGUGCGUAGAGUAGCUGUGGUCGACGUAGAGCUGUCGAAGUUGCCGAAGACGAGGUAGCCGCACAUAAAGCCGCGGGCGCACGAGGAGGCGCCAUGGUGGUGGCGUAAUGGAGAAGACGCCGGAGACGAAGAUGGCGACGCGUCGAGGCAGUCGUAGAGGGAGCGAUGCCGAAGUCGAUGCAGUUAGGCCAUCAGGCGACACAUGCCCGAGUUUGCCAGGCUCGGGAACGCAUCAGGGACGAUGGGCACGCACCAGUGUUGCCAAUACCGGACGUGCAAGGGAGGAUGCACAACCAGACGCCGUCGCCGAGGGACCAGCAGAGAAGGCCUCCAUGGCGGUCGCAGGCGCAGAAGAAGGCGAGGUAGAAGACGCCAACGCCUGCUGUUGCUGGAGUAGACGAAGUAGUCGGGGACGAGAUGGCGACGCUGGCGACGUGGUUGUGCUAGACGAAGCGAUGAGGGGAAUCCAGACUUUCUAGCACAAGGCCGAUUGAUCCGGAUGACGCGGCGGCGGUGCUCGAAGGAGACGGCGAAGAACUCGUACAGCUUGACGAAGACCAUGCGCGAAAGACGCGCACCGAUAGAGUCGACAGCAUGUAGAUGCAACGGCGAGGACGACGAUAUGCGGCGACACUGCUGCCCGAGGAGGCGACGCAGCGGCAGCCCUCUUGCUUGGCGAAGCAUCGCGCGAUAGAAGACAAACGUCUCAAGAGGGUGGUUCGCGCGAUCGGUUGAUCAGGCCGACGGCGUGCGAGGCGAAGACAACGAUGGCGAAGGCGAUGUCGAAGGUGGAGCCUCCCGAUCGGUGGUGGCGAAGACGAGCCGAUGUAGGUCGACGUGCAGACGAAGGGGCGCGGCACAGGCAGGCGUUCCGGUUACGCCGCAGGCCACGCCGGCAACACAGUCGAAGGAGAUGAGGAAGUCGGUGUUGUCGAAGCCGAUGUCGAUGAUGCGCGAGUCGACGGCGGUGGGCGAUGGGGACGCAAACCCGAUCACAGAUCGGGAAAAAGAAAACAACAGCAAUAACCGAUCGGGAAGGCGACAGGGUGCUGGUCCGUGGGCGGACGACGGGGUGGCGCGGAUCAGGCGAAGCGACGGUGGAGCGACGCGGAUAGGACGGAGCGACGGCCACCGGUGAAAAGGACCCAUCCAGGCCUCCUCCACCACGACUAAGGGUGCGGUCACCACCACGGUGGCGCGCUGCAUCGGCGGCGAGGAGUGCAGCCGCCACCACGACGGCUGCGCGGAAGGGAGGGCCCAGCCGGCGGCGUGAAGGAGGGGCGCGACCGGCGGCACAGCGAUGAGGUCUUCGAUCUGCUGGAGCUUGAUGACACGACGACAGGCGGCGGGAUCAGAUGGAUCCACCGCAGACUCGAGGAUGAUGACGAACACAGCGGUCAGAGGGACCGGUCGCGCAUCUAGGAGGGCGCUGCCCCGGCGGAGAUGGAUCUCCCCGGGGGCGCGCGGCGGUGGCGACGGCAGCGGAAGCUAGGUCUAGGAUUAGGAACCGUAGUCUCGUGAUACCAUGUAGGAGUAAUAGAAUUGUUGUAUAAUGAAUGGAUUGGUUAUUAUUAGCUUGAGGCCUCAGCCGGUAUAUAUAAGAGUACAAGACUUGGGGUGCAAGGCAACCCCACCGGAUAUGUAUGGCAGUCCGGAUACAAUAUCUAAACUACCAAAUAUACUCUAACACAUGGAAUACAAGUCUCCAUUUUUUCCUCCUCCCAUCUCCGUACCAGAACAGGAUAGCCAACAUUGGUUAAGGUACUUUAGAGUGUGAAACCAAGAAUAUUGAAUUGUUGUUCAAAUCUUUUUUUUAAUAAAAUAGGGGAAUUUAUUGCUCGCUGUA